AUGGUCAAGAUCAACGUCCUCAUCUCUUCGCUCUGUCUCGCUUCGUCGGCAGUAGCAGCGGCUCUUCCUGCAUCUGCACCCAAGACUUGCAAGAACCCCAUCAAGCGCUACGAAUGGAAGCAGCUGUCAAUCCCACAGAAGAAGGCAUAUAUCGAUGCUGUACUUUGCUUAGCGUCAAAGCCAGCCAUCUCUGGCAUCGAGGGCGCUAUCAACCGUUUCGACGACUUCCAAGCCGUCCACAGCAGCCAAACACCCGACAUCCACUGGGUCGGUCACUUCACACUUUGGCACCGCUACUUCGUCGCCACCUACGAAAAGGCUCUGCGCGAAGAAUGCGGCUACACCGGCGGCCAACCCUACUGGAACUGGUCUGCAGAUGCGGAGCCUCAAAACCCCACAUCGACACGCAUCUUCGACUCUGAGAUCUGGCAGCCAGAUACCGGCUUCGGCGGUAACGGCGUCAAGGUCGACCCCACACCCGAGACGAACCCCUUUGGUGUUGAAGGUGGAACAGGUGGUGGAUGCGUCACCAACGGACCUUUCACACCUGACAAGUUCAUGGUCAACUUCCCGGAACCUCACUGCCUGAAGCGCGACUUCGUCCCUACCCUCAUCAACGUCUGGGCCGACCAGAAGCUCGUCGAUAAGGUCAUGGCUUCGAAGGACUACACCGGCUUUGCCCGUGCAGUCGAGGGCGAGGCUACCUUCGCGGUACCCAACAUCCACGGCAGUGGUCACUUCGGCGUUGGCGGUGCAUUGGGACAGGCCGGUGAUGCGAACAACAGCCCCGGUGAACCCGUCUUCUACCUCCACCACGGAAACAUCGACCACAUCUUCUCGAUGUGGCAGCAGAAGGACUUGAAGAACCGCCUUCACCAGGUUGGUGGCCCGAUCAUUCCUUUCGACUACAGUGGCAAGAACGUCACUCUGGACUUUGAGGUUGGUCUGGGUAAGUUGGCGCCGACUGUCAAGUUGAGGGAUCUUUUGGAUACUCAGGGUAAACUCCUUUGCUACACUUACUAG